UUUUUUUUUUUUGAACCACCAUGAAGGAACGCCGAAAGUCUCUGGACCACUCCUAACAUUCCCACAUGGCCUCCACUUUGCAAAGCUGGUAUUUGAGGGCUCACUGGUCUCCUCUCUACGCAUCUCUUCCCUGCAGGUGGUAGGACACAAAGCCAUUCAGGGCUGCAGAGAUGAGAGUAAUUAACCUAUCUGAUAAUUCAUGCUAUAUUUCCAGACGCCAGGUAAAGUUUCACUAAAGAGGGGCCCCCCCACCCCCAAAAGCGCUGGAAACAGAAUAGGUGGGGUUUUGCACAUCUAGAAACCUACACAUUGAGCUAUGUCCGCGACCCGAGGUACACGUGUGCAGAUUGGUGUUAGGAAACACAGGGACAGACAGGUAGGAAGGCACGAGGCUCACAGGUGGAUUUACGGUCAGGAGUAGCGCGCGGGUCCAGAGGCGGGCGCUAGGACCGCGCGGAGUGCCGGGGGUGGGCGGGGCUUUUGCGGUGCGCGCGCAGCCGCAGACGGCGGCCAGAUGGAGCCCGAGUCCGAACCCGCGUCUGUGGAGGUUCCCGCGGGACGUGUGCUCAGCGCCUCGGAGCUCCGCGCCGCGCGCUCGCGGUCCCAGAAGCUGCCUCAGCGGUCGCAUGGCCCCAAGGACUUCCUCCCGGACGGCUCGGAGGCUCAGGCGGAGAGGCUGCGCCUGUGUCGCCAGGAGUUGUGGCAGCUGCUGGCGGAGGAGCGCGUGGAGCGCCUGGGCAGCUUGGUGGCCGCGGAGUGGAGACCAGAAGAAGGCUUUGUGGAGUUGACAUCUCCUGCGGGGAAAUUCUGGCAGACCAUGGGCUACUCAGAGGAGGGACGGCAGCGGCUUCACCCCGAAGAGGCCUUGUAUCUGCUGGAGUGUGGCUCGAUUCAGCUCUUCUACCAAGACCUACCACUGUCUAUCCAAGAGGCCUACCAGCUGCUGCUGACCGAGGACACCUUGAGUUUCCUGCAAUAUCAGGUCUUCAGCCACCUGAAGAGACUGGGCUACGUGGUCCGCCGGUUCCAGCUAAGCUCAGUCGUGUCACCUUACGAGCGGCAGCUCAACCUGGAUGGCUAUGCCCAGUGCCUGGAGGAUGGGUCUGGCAAGAGGAAGAGGAGUUCUAGCUGUCGGUCUGUUAAUAAGAAGGCCAAGGCCCUGCAGAACUCCCUGCCGCCCGUCAGCUUGGCAGACUCCAGCCCACCUGCCUGUGACCAGAGUAGCCCAUACCCAGAGGAGAAACCUCGGGACUCAAGCCCUGAGCAGGGCUCGGAGCUCCCCAUGCAGUUUCUGGGGUCCCCAGAGCCUUGCCCUGAUCCGGGCAGGGAAGAUGCGGGGUGUGACCAGGAGAGUGACAAAAUAGAGAAUGGAGCCAAGGGGACCCCUAAGCCACGCUGGAACUUUGAGCGGAUCUCAUUCCCCAACAUGGCCUCAGAUAGUCGGCACACGCUCCUGCCUGCCCCAGCCCCAGAGCUGCUCCCUGUCAAUGUCAUUGGGCGAGGGACAGAUGCUGAGUCCUGGUGCCAAAAGCUGAACCAGCGGAGGGAGAAGCUCUCCCGGCGAGACCGGGAGCAGCAAGCAGAGGUCCGGCAGUUCCGGGAGGAUGUUAACGCCGAUCCCGAGGUGCAGGGCUGCUCCACUUGGCAGGAGUACAAGGAGCUGCUGAGGAGACGACAGAUGCAAAGGAGCCAGCCCCGACCUCCACACCUAUGGGGCCAGUCUGUUACCCCCUUGCUGAACCCCGAUACAGCCGAUUCUCCAGCCGCCGUCCUGCAACGUAUCUCUGUACUGCAGACAACGCACCUUGCUGAUGGAGGUUACCGGCUGCUGGAGAAGUCUGGGGGCUUGGAGAUCAGCUUCGAUGUUUACCAGGCUGACGCUGUGGCUACGUUCCGGAAAAACAGCCCUGGCAAACCCUACGUGCGAAUGUGCAUUAGUGGGUAUGAAAUGACUGAGUGCCGCCAGCCGCCGCCAGCCCGUCCCUCCACCCCUGUCCCCGAGAAGAAUCUGAGGUCCAGAGGGGUUAAGUGCCCCUAUCUACGGCCAUAUGGCUGGUUGGUGCCAUGGGAACCCAAGAUUCCCAUCCUUGGCUCCACGUUACUGGCUUUUGGGGGGGGGGGUAGUCUUUCUCGUCUUCCACCUUUAGCCCUGGACUUACUCAGCAGAAAGGACUUGAUUUGGAGGGAUUUACUGGCUAAGAGUGGUGAGAACCCACACGCCCUAUCCCUCCACUCUGGGGCUCUCCUGAAAGCAUUCAUCAGAGCCCCGGAGUCUGCAGAAAGCAGAGCCCAGAGGCCAGUAUUCUUGUAACCCCAUCUCUUGUCUGACAGCCUUCCUGCCCUGGAAGGCCAUGGUUGGCUAUGACGGGGUCUCAGUCUACUCUUCCUUCUCACAGGUUUGAUGAACCUGUCCCAGACCUCUGCAGCCUCAAGCGGUUGACCUACCAGAGUGGGGAUGUUCCCCUGAUCUUUGCUCUGGUGGAUCAUGGUGACAUUUCCUUCUACAGCUUCAGAGACUUCACACUGCCCCAGGAUCUGGGGCACUGAACACAGCUCUGGGAAUGGCUUUCUCCGGGGUGGGGCCUGGACUGCUCUCAGGGACCGUGUCGGCUGUCUCUCAUACAGGACUCACCUGGACCUGGCCACUGGGAUCUAUGGUCCUAGGUGUCUUCUGUUUGUAGGGAAGAAGAGCACGCCCUCUUGCCUGGUUAUUGUGCUUUCAAGCCCACUGCCUGGAAGUGCUACCUGGCAGUGACCGCCCCUUGGAACUCAGGAGUUGUUUUCAGAGGCCCAGGAGUUGGGGUAGAAGAGGAGACUCUGUGCCUUUAUUCAAGGGGGUGCCUGCUUCGUGCCAUAAAGCCAAAGCCAUUAAAAAAAAUAUUUUCUGC